GUCUCAGUGGCAGCGAAGAUGCCAGUAAGAUAAUGUUUUGCUAACUUUAACAUUCAUUUAAGUUGUUUUUAUUGUAAUUAGUAAUUUAGUAUUAUUUAAAUUAGUUAGUGUAAAUAGUGAAAAUGACAGUCAAAACUAACAGGGUGCCGUUUGAGGAGGCACUGAACAUGACAGGGUUCAGUCGCUACAACCUGUACACCUUCAUGCUAAGUGCCAGCAUUAUCAUUGGAAUGACCUUCGAGAUCUUCUCCAUCUCCUAUCUGGUACCAGCUAGUGCUUGUGAGCUGAACACCACGAGCACACAGCAAGGCCUGGUGGCGUGUGUCCCUUUGAUUGGUACAAUCGCCAUGUCCCAUGUCUGGGGUUACCUGGCAGACACGAGGGGCCGUCGGAAGAUCCUCAUAGUAUCUAUGACGAUCACCUACAUUGCUGGGACCUUAGCCGCCUUCUCACCUAACUGGAUAGUUUUAGGUUUUCUAAAACUCAUGUCUUCAGCCUCAGUGUCGGGUUCCUACGCAUUAGCUGUGACGCUGCUCAGCGAAUGUACUCCCAUGGUCCGAAGAAGUUCUCUUGUCUUAUUGACCACCAGCGUCCACAUGGCGGCUAUGGGAGUUAUGGCAGUGAUAGCAAUACCAGUUCUUCCAAUGAGCUUCUCUCAUCACAUUCCAUUCUUGGAUAUCCAAUUCAAUUCUUGGAGAGUUCUGAACCUGAUCUUCGCAGUGCCUAGUGCCCUCAGCAUCAUUGGAAGCUACUUUGCCUAUGAGAGUCCUAAAUACUUGGCUAGCGUAGGCAGGGAUGAAGAUGCUUUGGCAGUUUUAAGAGGAAUCUACACCAUGAAUACUGGAAAAAGUGCUGAUAAUUAUAAGGUGGAUGCCUUAGAUCUAGACGAGGAACAGUCAUCAGCUCUUCAUAAAGGUUUCUGGGGGUCCAUUGUGGCGCAGACGGUGCCAAUGAUCAAACCACCCUUACUGAAGCAUACUAUUCUACUCUCAUUCCUCUUCGUCAUCACUUAUAUUACAAUGAACUCUUUCUUCGUAUGGCUGCCAUUCAUCUUGAAUGCGUUCAUGACAUCUGUAGUGGCUGGGCAGAAAGAUCUGACCAUUUGUGAGAUGAUCAGAUUAACUCACUCACUCAACUCCACAGCGACUAUCGAGACACAAGACUGUUCAAUGAACACGGAAGCUAUGACCUUGGUCUUCGGUAUCACAAUGUUUCUGGCUUUUGGCAACCUCUUCAUGAGCAGCAUCAUUAACUGUAUCGGCAGGAAACGACUGGUCAUCGGCAUACAGAUGAUUGCUGGCACCUCAGCUCUGCUCCUCAACUUCAGCCCCUUCUGGAUCCUAAGUGCUAUCAUGUUCAUGGUGUUCCUGUCAGCCAUCUUUAAUUUCGGCUUCAUGAACACAUACAGCGUCGAUGUGUUCCCCACUUAUGUUAAAGCUAUGGCUGUAUGCCUAACGCUGAUGGUAGGUCGUGGAAGCGCAGUGAUUGGCAUCAACGUCCUCAAACAGCUGUUGGACAACAAUUGUGAAGCCGCUUUCUAUAUUUAUGGAUCCAUUGCUUUUGGUGGUGGCAUAGUCGCAUUUCUUCUUCCCUCUGAUGAGCAGAUACAAGCACAGAAGAAACAAUUAAAAACUUGAUUUCCUAAUAUUAAUGUAAAAUAAUAAAUAUCCUUAAUUUUUCUGAUAUGCAAUGUGGCGUUCGCCAAAAGAAAGCUAUGAAUGUUUUAACAGGCGCUUUUAAAAAGUACAAAUUUUUGUUUCCCUGAUUUUUUGUUGAAUUUAUUUUUGUUACCAUUGUUUUUUUAUUACAAGUUACUUAAUUUAUUGUUUUAAUCGUAUUAUAUUGUGAGUUGUGAGUGUAUGUAAAUGUACUUAGUACCUACCU